AUGUGGAAAUUUUCCAUGGAUGAUUUACAGAACCGGACGCCAUCUCGUCCUCUGAUCUCUUAUCAAGAAGAAGUGAAGGACCGGUUUUUGCUUUGCAAAUUCAUACUAGACCUUGGGCUGCUCGCAAUAGCCUCACUUUACCUUGCUGGAAAGGUCGAGGAGACCCCACGCAAGAUCAAGGAAAUCCUUACCAUCUACUUUGAUGGUGAUGAAGGCCUUCAAAAGAUCUUAAUUGAUGACGUUAAGGUGCUCGAUAUGGAAUUCAUGCUGCUUGAAACACUUUGCUUUGACCUGGCUGUUGAACAGCCAUUCAAAUACCUAAAGGAAAUUCUGAUUUCUCGGUCGAUCUCCCAAGAGAUAUCGCAGGCUGCCUGGCGGAUUCUGAGCGACUGCCCCUUGGUGCUUUUAUAUGAUCCGCCCUUGCUGGCAGCAGCUUCCUUUUGGAUAUCCAUAUCCAAAAGACUGGCGUCAAAGGAGGCCGAUGAGCAUAUAUCGACGGUGGUACCUGAUGCAGAGCAAAGGCGUCUCGUUCUUGAAGUUAUUGUUCCACAGCUCCUUGCCUUCUACAAGGAGGUGGUAAAGGAAGGAUGCGUCGCAGUGGGGCCAAUGGAUAGCCCAUGCCCUCCCUUGUAA